UGGUGUCAAAGAACCGACUCUUGUUGCAAGACAGUUCAAAAGGCGAGACGAGCGACCAUGCUAGGCGGAGAGGGAGAGAGCAGCACCUUCUCCUCACCGAAAGACACAGCGGAUGAGAGGCGCAAGUCUCCGGCUGUGGAGGGAGAUGACCCGACGUGUGGCAGCCGCUACACAGAGCACGGGAUGGGUACAGACCGAUACUAUAUACCGCCCACGGUGACUAAACAAAGUCCAGAAGCGGGCAAUCCCUGCUCUUUUAUCCCCUACAGCCCCACCGGGACGGUCUACACCACAUCCAGCGCCAGCAGGUACCCCACGUCUCUUCACCUGGGCUCCGUGCUGCCUCCCGCGGGGUUUUCCUCCUCCGCUGCCGGCCGCAGCCACUUCAGCCCGGCUUACCAGCUCGGCCAGAGCCCCGGCUGCAUCUAUCCGCCUUACACCGGUUCAGGGUCCGCCAUCAGCGCCAUGCCUUUACCUACCGCCGGCCCUGGGAUGAGGGCCCAGGUCUACCUCUGUAACCGGCCGCUGUGGCUCAAGUUCCACCGGCACCAGACCGAGAUGAUCAUCACCAAGCAGGGCAGACGGAUGUUCCCCUUCCUCAGCUUUAACAUCGCUGGUCUCAACCUGACGGCACAUUACAAUGUGUUUGUGGAGGUGGUGUUGGCAGAUCCAAACCACUGGAGAUUUCAAGGUGGCAAAUGGGUUACCUGUGGCAAGGCGGACAACAACAUGCAAGGGAACAAAAUGUACAUCCAUCCAGAGUCUCCGAACACAGGGGCCCAUUGGAUGAGACAGGAAAUCUCCUUCGGAAAACUUAAACUCACCAACAACAAGGGAACCAACACCAGCAGUUCACAGAUGAUUGUCCUCCAGUCCCUGCAUAAGUACCAGCCCAGGCUGCACAUUGUGGAGGUGUCGGAGGAUGGGGUGGAGGACAUAGGUGGUGAUGUUAAGACCCAGACCUUCUCCUUUCCAGAGACCCAGUUUAUAGCUGUGACUGCCUACCAGAACACUGAUAUUACACAGUUGAAAAUUGACCACAACCCCUUUGCCAAAGGAUUCAGAGACAACUACGACUCGAUGUACACUGCCACGGAGCAUGACCGCCUGACUCCGUCCCCGACCGACUCCCCCCGCUCCCAACAGAUUGUCCCUGGUGCUCGCUAUGCCAUGCAGCCCCUUUUCCAGGACCAGUUUGUUAACAACCUUCCCCAGAACCGCUUCCACAACAGUGAGAGGGCCGUGCCCCAGACCAACAGCCUCAUCUCCCCUCAGACGGACGACCUAGCCUCACAGAGGUGGUUCGUCGCCUCCAUGCAGCAAGCAGGAAGUGCUGGUGUGGCAGCAAAUAAGCUAGAGCUCACCCCAUAUGAGGGGGAGUACUCGAGCACCCUGCUUCCUUAUGGCAUCAAGUCCUUGUCCAUGCAGACGUCCCACGCUCUCAGCUACUACCCAGACUGUCCUUUCACCACCAUGUCUGCAGGGUGGGGAUCCAGAGCGACAUAUCAGAGAAAAGUCACCCCUAGUCUCCCUUGGUCACCCAGGCCCAGCCCCACCACCGGUUUCCUGGAAGACUCGGACAAAGAUAAGCCACAGAUGGAGGAGGAGCUCAGCGGCAGUGUAGGCCUCGUCUCAGCCUGGACGGAGACUCAGCCAUCGGCCCUCACGCUAGAAAAAGCCGAGUCUUAUUCUGUGGCCUGUAAGCGGAGGCGGUUGUCUCUGAGCGGGCCAAGCACAGAGAACUCACCCACUGACAUCAAGUGUGAAGACUUGACCUCUGCUGCCACCAACAAUAGCUCCUACAGCAAGGAAACUCCUUCAACUAAAGGCAUGGCCAGCUACUAUUCCUUUUACACAAACCCCUGAAUGUUUUUUGUCUGAAAGAGUUGCCAUCAGCUGUCUUUGUUGGGGUUUUUCUUGCCCCCCACCAUCAUCACCACCACAAAUCAGAAACGGAUUUUCAUUGUUAUAUUGUUUACUGCCCAGAGUUUGUAUUGUUGGUGGUCAGUAUUUUUUUUCUUAUGUGAUGAAAAUGAAAAAUAUUGAAAGUCAUUGUCAAGGAAAUGAAAUGAAAUGAAAACAUGAAAUGAAAACUCAUAGGGCACAGGCAUCACUGUCAUGCCGUUUAUUCUUAAUCCAUCUUGGGCCAAGUCUGUUCACCUGGACAGAAAAUUUUCAUUCAGUUUUUGGAAAACAGCCCGUAAAAUGUAACUGUAUUUAGAAGUUGAAUAGUGCCAAAGCAUUGGUUUUAAUUUGCUCAUUUUAUUUAACAGUGUUGUGUAUGUUUCAGUUGUUAUGUACACUGCUGUGCCUGCCUUUACUCUGAAGUUUUGUGUUUACAGAUUAAGUUAUUUAUUGAGAGAUUGU